UAUACAUACCACAAUUCGUCCCUGACGUCCUCAUUGUUAAUUGCGUUUAUUCACAACACUUUUAAAGCUGCUCUUCAAGGUAAUCGAGUACCUAUUAAAAUAAAGCGGUGCCUAUUUUUCUAAUAUCUUUCCAGAAAUGUGGCUGGCUGCGUCACUGAUAUGCAUAUUGUCAUUUUGUUUGCCAGGAACUGUGGAGUCUCAGGAGGCCAGCGGGCAAAACUUGGAUGAUAUAUUGAAUAAGCUUUUCACAAAACCGCCGGGUUAUUCUGGUGGCACAGAGACUGGGGUUACUGAAAAAGGUCCAGCCUCUGUGCCCGGCACUGGUGAUUGUGAAUGCGUUCCGUAUUAUCUUUGCAUGAAUGGAACUAUUGUGGAAGACGGAUUAGGAAUCAUUGAUAUCAGAAUUGAUGAUGGACCGUGCGACUAUUUAUCACGGUGUUGCAUUGCUAAAGAUAAAAUCGAAAAGCCUCCACCGACAGAAACUUACACACGUCAAGGUUGCGGUAAGAGGAAUCCUGAUGGGGUAGGUUUUCGUAUCACUGGAGCAAAAGAUAAUGAAGCUCAAUUUGGAGAAUUUCCCUGGAUGGUUGCGCUACUUAAAGAAGAAACGAUUGAGGGAAACCCAAAGAAGCUGCUAAUUUAUCAGUGCGGAGCUUCCCUUAUUCACCCGCAGGUAGUUCUUACUGCUGCACAUUGCGUGCCUGAAAAGCAGAAACGUUAUAAAGUGCGCGCAGGGGAAUGGGACACUCAAACCAAACAUGAAAUUUAUCCUCAUCAAGAUAGGGAAGUCACUAAUAUUGUGAUACAUCCAGACUUCUAUGGAGGAGCGCUGUUUUAUGAUUUUGCGCUAUUAAUCUUGGAUUCGCCGUUCAAUAUAACCGAAAAUGUAGACGUGGUGUGCUUACCGGGCAAGAACGAGAGGUUAGACGAUUUACCAUGUUAUGCAAGUGGAUGGGGAAAGGACGUUUUCGGAAAGGAGGGAAAAUACCAAGUAAUUUUGAAAAAAAUUGACCUUCCAAUUGUGAACAGAGAAAUAUGUCAAGAGAGAUUUAGAAAAAAGACUCGGUUGGGUCCACAUUUUAAGCUACACGAAUCUCUCAUUUGUGCUGGUGGGCAACCGGGGAAAGAUACAUGUAAGGGAGAUGGCGGUAGUCCUCUAGUUUGCCCGAUCCAGGGUAAAAAGAAUAAAUACUUUCAAGCUGGAAUCGUUGCUUGGGGAAUUGGCUGUGGUGAAGAUUUAGUUCCAGGAGUAUAUGCACAUGUAGCAAAAGCAGUUGAUUGGAUUGAUAAAAUCAUGCUGUCUCAUAAUUUUGAUACCUCUUCUUAUAAAACGUAAAUGCACUUGCUUGUAGUAGAUUUCUGAUUACCUUCACAAUGUAAUACAUUUGCACUAUCAUUACUAUAAUUUUUUUGUUUUAGUCAAGAAUUGUUAUUAUUUUUAACAUUGCUUUACAGACAUCAUAAAUAAAUGUGCCAACGUUAUCUGACA